AUGGGGGACCGUGUGGGCGAUCCCGGAGCCCAGGAGCCGCUGCUUGCCAGUCGACAGAACGAUGGCUUCGCGAACGGGUCCGACGCCGACGACGACGCAGCGUCACUCGCUGACACGGUUUCGACUAAGAGCUCCCUAGAUUCUGAGGCACAGGAAGGCGUCCAGCAGGCCGAUGCUGUCACCUUGGUCUGGACGAACUCAGCCCUGAUACUCGCCUACAUCUUCAUCUUCCUCAAUUUCUGCCUCACCUCCAUGGAGCAGCAGACCACGUCCAAUCUCUUGCCCUUCGUCGUCAGCGACUUCUCGGCGCACUCACUGAUACCAGCCAUCGGCAUCGCGUCAUUCAUCCUGAGCGGCGUCUUGAGGCUACCCGUUGCCAAGGUCAUCGACACUUGGGGUCGUCCCCAGGGCCUCGCUGCUAUGAUUAUCAUCGCCACCGUUGGGCUGGUAAUGAUGGCAGCAUGCCAUAGCGCUACCACCUACGCGGCAGCCCAGAUUCUGCAUACUGUUGGCUUCAGUGGAUAUGCCUAUAUCCUGGAAAUCAUUGUCGCAGACACAUCAUCGCUUAAGGAUCGCGCCCUGGCCUUCGCUUUCACCGGGUCUCCUGCUAUUGUCACUAACUUCUUGGGUCCGCCUGCAGCACAGUGGUUCCUUCGCUACAGCUCAUGGCGGACGGCGUUCACGCUGUUCGCGAUUCUUACACCGCUUGUCGCAUUCCCUGUCUUUGCUAUACUCCUUUUCAAUGCAAAUCGGGCGAAGAACCUCGGGAUCCUCAAGCCCUCCAAGAGCGAACAGACUUGGUCGGAGGCUUUUUGGCACUAUUCUGUCGAAUUUGACGCCGUUGGUGUUUUGCUCUUGGGCAUUGGCUUGACCCUGUUCCUCCUGCCGUUCUCAAUCGCUGGGUCAGCCGGCAGCAAAUGGUCAGCAUCAGUCAUGUCCAUGUUGGUACUGGGCGUAGUCUUGACGGCUGCUUUCGUCCUUUUCGAGCACCACUGGGCCACGAAACCCUUCGUUCCAUUCCACUUGCUAUGCUCGCGCAAUGUCAUGGGCUCCUUUAUCCUGUCCGCCACCUUAUUCAUUGCCUACUUCUGCUGGGACGGCUACUACACGUCCUACCUUCAAGUAGUUCACCAGCUCUCCGUCUACCAGGCGGGCUAUGUGAACAACACAUACAAUAUCGUGGGCGGCUUGUGGGCCUUUGUCGCCGGCUGGCUGAUCAGGUCCUCGGACCGCUUUAAGUGGCUUGCACUGAUUGCUGUACCGGUACAGAUCAUGAGUGGCGUCUUGAUGCUUUUCUUCAGGCAACCGUCUACGCCUAUUGUCUUGGUUGUUCUGCCACAGGUGCUGCAGGCUCUAGGUGGUGGCACUCUCGUGAUUACAAUGCAGAUGGCAGUCAUGGCUGUUGCGAAACACGGCGAGGUUGCCUCACUCAUCGCAUUGCUAGGCCUCUCCAGUGCAGUGGGUUCUGGCAUCGGCAGUUCUGUGUCCGGAGCUAUAUGGACAAAUACUGUGUACGCCGAGUUGGUGAGGCUCCUACCAGACGAGACAAAAGACCAAGCCGGGGACAUCUAUGAGGAUUUACAGCGGCAGCUCAGCUACCCCGUUGGAAGCCCUGUGCGAGAGGCUAUUGUAUAUGCGUAUACUACUGCUCAACGGCGGAUGCUUCUUGUUGGGCUGGGCAUUCUACUGAUCGCGAUACCCUCUGUGGUUGUUUGGAAGGAUGUGAGGGUGUCACAAUUUAAGCAAGUAAAGGGGCGUGUGGUCUGA